CGUCGCAAGGAAUGUGUUGAGAGGUUUUGUCCGACCGCAUUUUUUCUGUCCGUGUCUUUGUCCUUUCCACGUUUUGGCCUUUUCCUUGUAUAAUAGAGAGUUUUUAACUCUACAUUCUGGCAAUUUUUUACUCCUGUAACAUAGUGUUUCCCCAACUUUUUAGCUGAUAAACGUGUUUUUAUGGCUUGGGCGGAUGGUCCUGGAUUGACUGUUGGCGUACUUGGCCGCCCUAAUAAAUUUACUGUUUGCUAUACAAAAAAUUUGGGUGGUGGAAAAUUAACCGUAUUAAUUGAUGGAUCCAAAAAGGCUGAAGUUCGAACUGUACAGCAUCUACAUGAAAACAAUUAUCAAGUCGAGUUCGUUUUUUUUCGCUUAUACUAAUUUUGAUAACAAUUUCUAAAACUUUCCAAUUCAGAUACACAGUCCAAUCACCUG